GUACUACAAGAAGUAUUUGGCAAAAAUCUCCUCCAAAUAUAAUGACUUUACCACAGAAAGAUAAAGUUUCUAAAGUAGAAUUUAUAGCUUUUAUUAAAUCUCUGAACUGUCUUGGUUAUCUUAUUUACUCUGCCUUGAGUGUUGAUUUAGAGAUCGUCUUUGGUAUCGAGAGUCUGGAUCCCAAGCCUGCCUUGGAUCCCGAUUCAGAUGCUAGCUUGGGUCAUGUCAUGGAUCCCGAUUUGGGAACUGGCUUGGUUGCAAGGCACAAAGUGCCGAAUUUGCAAUCUAUCUACUUGCCAGAUAUUUCGCAAUCCAUUUGCCAUCUUUUAAUUGCUAGAGAACCAAACCAGAAGUCAUGUGAUGAAAUUUCACAGAAUAAU